AUGCCGAAACUGCACGAAAACGGGCCCAAGAUUGAUGUCAGCGGUCUCGCCGCCCCUCUGCUUCGUGGUGAAAGCAGCGACACGCCGCCGCUGUCGCCGUUGCCGCUGUCGUCUGGCGAGGAGCGGCUGGCGAUGCGGUGCGCUGUUGCCAUUGUCUUCACGACCACAUUCCUCUGGGGAAUCGUCCCGGGCGACGCCGUAAUGCGAUCGCUGGUCGUGUGUGGUGCGCCAUCUCUAACGCCGCACGACUCGCCAGCUUGGAGCGGCUCAGAUCGAUGCGGAGAUCAGAAGCUGGUGCUGGCGACAACCGCGCGACUUGGCGGCGACUUGGGCACGAUCAGCAACCUGGGCCACCUGGUGGGAGGACCGAUUAUCGCCGCUGUUGCUGACACUAGCAGCCGCACUCGUGCCAUUGCAAUCUCUGUCGCGCUCGUAGUGUCGUCAAAGUGCCUGUUUGCAGUCGUCUAUGUCGUCUCGGGCCGCCUCGCGGCUGGCCACGCGCCCGCCGGAAGCGGCGACAUCGCCUUCCUCGCCAUCCCGUUCCCUAUACUCGUGCUCUGUGGGGCGCUCAUUGGCGACGUGACCCCCACCGCUUCACGCGGCGCUGUCUUUGCCCGGCUGACCGUCUGCCACGGGGUUGCGGCCGGCGUGUCCCAGGUGCUGCACCUGCUGCUUCUCCGGCUCUACCUCACAGACUACACUCCCAUCAUCGUGGCGGUCGCACUCCUGUCGCCGUUGCCCGCUGUGCCGCUUCUCGUUCUGAUGCGGCGGGCGCGCUUACCUGCCCGCAAGGUAUUGUGCGAGGCGCCAACACCGCCAGCGACUGGCAAGGCAGCUGAGAGCGCAGAGGCAGCUGGGAGCGCAGAGGAGCGGGGCCCCAGGGCAGCAGUGCGGCUGCUCUUGCGUGAGCGCCGGCUGUUGUGCGCUUGCGUGAGCACAUUCGUCUUCAUCUUUGGCGUCCACGGCGGCGGCAGCUUGAUGAACUCGCUCACGCUAGCGCUCGGCUGGCGGCAGGGGGACCUGUACACGCUGCACCUCGUCAUCACGCUGCCCACCAGCUUGACGUGCAUCACGCUCGCGAGCCGAUUUAUUUUCCCGCGCAUCGGAACGGCGGCGGCUGUCAUCCACGGCAUCGCGUGCUUGCUGCUGAUGUGCUUGGGAUUCGGCGUCGCUCCUUGGCUCGGCGCCGGCGCCAUAGGGCUCAGCCUCUUCCUCAUCGGCUGCGCCGCUCCCGGCGUCCCCGCCCUGCUGGCGGUCCUCACCGAGCAGGCGCCGCCACGGCAGCUUGCCAUGGCGCAGGCCUGCCUCUCGGUCGUUGCGACCCUCGCCAUCGGGAUCUCCACGUCUGUGUUUGGGCACCUCUUUGACCCGAGCACCCCGGAGAGCGCCGCCCGGCCGUAUGCGCUCAGCCUGGUGCUGGGCACUCUCGGGGCCUGCCCGCUGCUCGCGCUGCUCGUGCCAAUCGCGCGCGAGCAGCUCCGCGCGCUGCGAGUGGGGGAGGGAGCAGGCUCGGAGUGA